AUGAUGGUGGCUGAAAAUAAGCCUCCUGGGUCGCCCGUCUUCUCAGCCGUACCUGCCGCUCUCGCUGCUCCUGCUGUCCCAGCCACUCUCGACGCUCCUGCUAUUCCCGCUGUUCCCGCUCCUGCCCACGUCGUUCCUGUUCACGGUGGUGCUGCCCCAGAGUCAGGUCUUUCCGGACAGGUGCAGCCGGGCCCUGUUGCUUCGGCAACUGCCCCGGCUCCAUCCUGGAUGGAGGAUCUGACGUCUGUCCUGCGCGAGCUGAUGAAGAAGAGGAAGGUGUCGUCGUUGUCUUCGUCGCCUUCUUUAUCGUCUGCUGCCAUCUCUCCCCCUUCGACUUCUAAGGCUACCAAGCCGAAGAAGAAGAAGGGUGCCUCCUCCCCCCCUAAGAAGGCUCCUUUGGGACCUUUGAAGGGCCUGUCUCACUCCGGUGGGACGGGGGUUUCUUCUGCUGGUCCUCCUGUUCCUUCGGGAACAGGGCCCGUUUCUCCUUCCGCAUGGAGGAAGAAGACGGGGACCAGAGGGGUACUGGCUACCUCCAAUACUUCCUCGCCUGGUGUUAGCGGCUCUGCCACUAAGCCAGGUACCGGCUCGGCUUCUUGUUCGCGAGAGGUUCCGAGUGUACGGUCUCCCGCGAGAGACCGUGCAGCCAAGGUCUCGACGCCUGAGUUCGCUUGGCGCCAGGACUGA